AUGGGGUCGGUAAUCUACGACUCAGAGUUGAUGACCAACUAUGUCGCCGGUGUCCCUGUUGCCGCCGGGAGUCAUUUCGCGACCUGCUUGGACCCUGUGUCUCGCAAAGUCGUUGUUUUCGCUCUCAGCAAUGACGAGUCGCCAAAGUUGCAGAUGAUCAAGGCAGGUGACGCCGAUGGCCUCCGCCAUGUGCACGACCUCACUGAGGCCCUUGGAAUCCCAAAGGCGACACCGAUUCAGACUUUCGAAGUCCAACAAGGCAACGACCUGUCCGUCUACCUAGCCGUCGCCACCAGGUACGACGAUAAGCAGUCCAACCUGCUCUUAGUCCGCCCGUUCCAGAUCAAGGACAAGCCAUCUCUUCAACUGCUUCCUGUUAAAACCAUUGAGUCUGUGCAUCGAAUCUAUAUGACUGCCCCGGCUCAGGAGGGAAGAUACCCCAUGGUGUUCCUGACCCAACAGCCCCUGGAGAGCCUUACCAGUGGGAGUGAUAUCAAGCGUGUCAUAGUUUCACUGCCGUCCAACUCGUGGUCCACUCUACGGGACAUGGAACUUCCCUUCAACGCCGUCGACAUCUUCUCCAUUGCUCCGGCAUACACCGUUUUUGGCGAGGGUCUUUUUGUGCUAUGCGCCGCCAAGGGCACGGGGGAGCGAGCGCUGGUCGCCGAGUUCGUCGAUAACAGCCAGGAAGGCCCCCCACAAUGGUACACGGCCAAGUUGAAGUGCCCUGUCGGUGCUCGUUCCCUCGCCACUUUCAACGACAGCGAGGGCUACACCGCCCUCCUCAUGGCCUGUGACAACGGAAUUCGACACUUCACCGCGGACCAAGCAACCAACAAGGAAGCCGAAAGCUCCCUCAUUUCAUCCAACGCUGACGUGAAAAAUGCCGAACGCAUCGUCCUUGCCCAGGACGGUGAAAUCAUUUCCAUUUGGGCAUCAAACCAGAAGGGCGCCCUUAGCUUCGUGACCACCACAAUCCACCAAAUCACCAAGGGUGAUCACGCCGCCACCCUUCUCCUCGCCGAUGGUCGUGCCAGCACCUUCUCCGCUUGCAUAGCUCGCCCCGCCCCAGAGCUGGGUCGGCCCACCGUGUUCCAGGCUAUCAUCGCCAACGACAGCCAGGGCAACUUGACUCUUCUGCAACAGCAUCGUGACACAGGCAUCUGGAAAGACGAGCCGUUUUACGUGUCCUACCAAAAGAAGAACAUCAAGUUCGACAGCCAUACCGUAACCAUCCAGCUCAUGCACGAGGACCAGCCCUUGGCAAACGGCCAAAUCUACCUCAGCUCUUCAUCCGCCACCUCGGCCCUGGUGAACGGCAAAGCCGUCCAGCUCGGCUCCGUCGGAAGGUGGCUAUCGGCUGAUGAAGCGGGCGAGAUUGCCUUGAUCUUCCCGGCGUCCAGCAUCGUGGGGCAGGCUCUGAAACUCACCCAGAUGAGAGACUCCGAGGGCCAUGACAUUAACUUCGCAUCAACCCUGGUCGACCCCAAUGACAAGGUCAUCAAGACACUGGGAAAGCUCACCUCAGUCAAGCAGCUCAAAGAGGCCACCACCAAGAGCGGAAAGCCCCUGUGGGAUGCCAAGAGCAUGCCCUCAGACGAGGACCUAGAGACUGCGGCCAAGUGCUUUGGUGCCAUUAACGAAGCCACCAAGACGCUGCCUAGGGAUGGAAAACCGGCGUCUACGAUUAAAUCGGCCAAUGUGGCUGCCUUGGCGAUUACAGAACACAGGGUGCAGGCGAUGCAUACGGUUGGGGAUUUUCUCAUGGAGGGCUUUUACUGGCUCAAGCACCAGGCUGAGAAGGUUGUUGACUGGAUUAUUCGGAAGGCCGGAGAGGUGUGGGAGUUUGUGUGCACCAUUGGCGGCGCUAUUAAGACAUUUGUCCUCGACUGCGUCGAGAAGGUCGGAGAGGCUGCAACCUGGGUUUUUGGAAAGCUCAAGCUGGGCUGGGAGAAGCUGAAAGAAUUCGUCGGCUUCCUGUUCUCAUGGGAUGACAUCAUCGAGACUAAGAAUACCCUGUCUAGCAUCGUCAACUCCGGCCUCGAUCUCGCCAUUGACGAGGUUGAUGCAUUUGUGCCCAAGGUGGACGACCUCUUCAACAACCUCAAGGACCAAGUGGUCAAGGCCUUGAGUCCUCCGUCAGCAUCCGUUUCUGGGAAACAAGACCAGGCUUCGGGUGGCAAGAGCGCCGAGACCCAGAACAGCACGAGCUUCAAGUGGGCUGGUGAGAGGUUGAAGAACGGAGGAACAGGCACGGGAGGAGCCGAGCUGAAGGGCAAAGACAAGAGCUCCCCGGAUGAUACCUGGCAAAGCACAGUUGCACCUCUGCUAGCCAGCAUCAGCGCACUCGCGACCCAGACGGGCAAUGACAUUGCUACCCUCUUCAAGAAACAGGGCUCGGUGACAACCGAAGAGCUCCUUACCACGGGAUCCCACUUCCUCGUCGGGGUGCUUGAAGUUGUGAAGCAGUUUGCCAUUUCCGUCACCAAGCUGGUUAAGAAACUGCUGAAUCUGAUCAAGGAGCUCGGUAACGCCAAAAUCGACCUCCCCAUCUUCUCCUGGCUCUACUACGAAUUAACCGGCCACGACCUCACCCUCGUCGACGCCGUGUGCCUCGUCAUUGCCAUCCCCGCCACCAUCAUGAUCAAAGUCAUCACCGGAAAAGCUCCCCCCAAGAUCCCCAACAUGAACGCCAAACUCCUCCGCCAGCUCGUAACCGGAUCCAAUGACGUCCCCGCCGCCACCAAGGUCGACUUCAACACCCUCACGGCCGGCACCAUGGUCGGCGUCGUCGCCGUCAAGGGCGUCUUCGGCCUGAUCGAGCUGGCGUACAAAUCCGUCACCGGGGGCGCCGACGCCGCUCUCGGCACCUUCAGUCCCGGAAAGACCAUCAAAACCAUCAGCCUCGUCCUCGACAUCGUGGGCAUCAUCGCGGCCAUGCCCGGCGACACCAGGCUCCCCGCUCCGCACCUCCGGCAGUGGAUCGCGUACCUGUCCUUCUUCCGCGCGUCGGUCAACGGCAUCGGCCUCGUCGUGCCGACCAACGAGGUCGUCGAGAAGAUCAGCGCGUGCGUCGACCUCGCCGUCACGCUGGCCAACUUUGGCCUGUACCAGGCGGUCUACUACCACGAGCUGACGGAGGAGUGGAAGGACAAGGAUAGCAAGACGACGGAGCUGUGCGUGGUCAACAACACGCUCAACGCCAUCGCGGGCAUCGGCAGCUUCACGGCGAAUAUGGGCAAGCUGGAGGCGCCGUACAUGACGGCCAUCGGGGUGGUGGUCAUGACGGCGGGGAAAUAUGGCCUGGUGGCCAUGGAGGGGUUCGUGUUUGAGAACCAGUAUAAGAAGACUAAGAAGACGAAUUUGGUGGCGCCUUCGUUUUAGGUCUGACUGGAUGGAGCUGGACGGACUGUCGUCGGUUUUGGAUAGGUAGGAUUUCGCAUGUUUUCUCCACACGAUAAUUGGUCUUGAAGGCAGUAUCUGGAGCAACAUGAAUCUGUCACUUGACAUGACAUGCCGGGAAAUCUUUAACCGAGGUGUGAAUAAGAUCCAAAUUUUCUUUUCUCCUCUUGCUGGUAGCAUGGCACCAGCCCCGCCUUCGCCCUGCAUUGGUCUUCAGCAGAUGGCAAACUUGCCGGAAAAUUCAGCAAGCCCUAUAUUGGUAUAAGUAGAACGAUGUCUACCUUGCCUGCAAAAAUGAUAGUAGAUAGUAUAUACUGAUUCUUCACACUGAAGCCGAGCAUAGAACGAGCACGAGCGGGGUG